UAAACCCCGUCGAUCCCAAUGUUAACACUUUUCCGCAUGCUUGAAAACCUCCCGCCUCUAUCACUUUAUGGCUUUAUGCUAUCUUCAAAUUGUGGAUUGGAUUUGUUUAUCAGAAAAGAAGGAAGAAGAAGAAAAAGAGAAAGAAAAAUAAGAUGUGGAAAAUGCAUGAAGAAGGAGCCACAGUUUCCCUCCGUCAGUUCAAAUUCGAGGAUGGAAGCUUCUAUUAAAAGUUAUGAUGAAACUCGAAAGAAGAAAGAGGAAGAAUGGAUCAAAGGAGACAGUCAGACAAAUGACUAUUUGCAUGGACUAAUCAUUGAUAUUUUAUAAUGAAGAUAAUGAUUUGAACUGAGUAACUUUGUUGGCCGUUCUUCUUUCUUCCCAAAUGGAUUUUCUUGACCCGUCAGUCUUCCCGUUUCUGCAAAAGAAGAACCUCUUCAGUCCGAGUGUCCAAUUUUACUGGCUAGCAACUGAAAUUUCAAUAAUGGAGCAUCCUAUCCAUUACCCGAAGCCAGAAUUGUUCGCAGCUGCAAUGGGGAAAGGGGAUGGACGCUAUCGGGGAGAGAAGAGAAGAAAACACAGCUAUGUAGCACAGAGCGACAAACAAGAUGGGGAGGAGAAAAUAAAAAUAAAAGAAAAGAGAAAAGAAAAAAAGAUAAAAGAUAAAAGGAAAAACAAAUUAGUAAGACCUAUUAGAAAAAGCCACAUGAUCAAGUGACCUGCCAAGUGGAUAUUUGGAUUUUUGGAGUAUGUUUGAUAGAUAGUGUUCAGUCCCAAUUGUUUAGGCUUAAAAUUGCGUGUUUCGUGUGUUAGCGAAUCAAGUUGUUUUUUGUAAGAUGACUGAUUCUAUGUUUAUUCCUAGGACCGACAAUCGGAUCUAUGAUAACAGUCUGGAUAUUAUCUUGUUUGUUUUUUAAAAAAAUGAUAUAAAAAAGUCACUAUUUCUUUUAUAUUAAAAAACGUAUUUUACGAAUAAUUAGGGAAUUAUCUCAAAACAUUUCAAUUAUAAUAUGGUUUUUUUUAAUCUCAAUAUUACUAAAAAGUGAACAAUGAACAAAAAAGUGACAUUUUUUUAUAUUCAAUAAUGUGACUACACAAUGACACUGACCAUAAUGACACUGGUCGCACUGACACCGGCCAUAGUGACUGCAACCACAAUGACAAGUGACACCAACCAUGGUGACUCCUGUCACAGUUACACCAUGACUCCGACUGUCCAUAGUGACCCCGCCACAGGGACACCACCACUGUCGGCCACCAACACUAGCCCCAAGCCGUUGGCCGACGCCGACGCUCUGUCCCUUGCACCCUCCCUAGCGAUCGACCUACCCAACCGUCGCUACUGCCCCUCCCUCGCCCACAACCUUAACUUUCGAUCAUCGUUACUGCUCAAGCCCCAACCGUGAUCGCCGCCACCCCUGCCUCUCUGCCUUCCACUCUUUCCCAUCACCUGCCUCGCCCUCACGGGUCAAACCGUGAUUUUGGGCCACUGUUUAGAUCUGAAAAGCUAGCACUAGACAGAAAGGGGAAUAAAAAGAAAACCAGUGCAUUGUAAGGGAGGGCGACAACGAACGAAAAAGCACAACUAUGGUGGAUGAAGAUGAGGUCGGCGAUGAUGGUGAGGUCAGCGGCGGUGAUGUAUGCGGGUCGGGUUGAAGGAGACAUUUACUUCGAUGAAAUGAGAGGGUUGGAUGGAUUGCAUUUCAAGAUGUUUUAUUUGUAAAAUGGUGAUAUUUUUGUCAAAAUACUCCCUCAGUGUCUAAUUACUUGGCCCAUUUGCUUUUUACGAAGUUUAAGACAAUUGUUGUAGAUUUUAUGAAAAGUAAAAGGUUUUGGUACUGUAAUGAUACUAUAGCAGUGCUGUAGCUGUUUUUUGAAUGAGUUUAUUUCCAAAAAGAGAAAUGCGACAAAUUAUUUGAUAUGUCCCACAAGAAAAAGUGGGACAAGUAAAAAGAUACAGAGAGAGUAUAAAAUAGUGAUUUUUUUGUCUAACUAUAAAUAAGUACUUCCUCGUUCUUAAAUAAGUGUAACAAUCAACUUUUCACCUUUGUUGAUGCACAACAUUCAUCACUAAUAUAUAUGAUUAUCUAUUAGUAUGAAAAUUUAAAAAAAAAAA